AUGAAAGAAAGUGGAAAAAAUUCAGAGUUUUCAAUUGAGGAAACAAAUAAAAUUAGAAUUUCGUUGGGUUUAGAACCAUUGAAAAUCGAAAAAAAAACAUCAGCACCAUUAACAACAGAAAAAGAAAAAGUCCCAAAUGGUGAUGCAUCAAAUGAUAUUAAAGAUACAAUUAAUCAACUAAAGAAAAAAAGAGAAUCAAGACCAGUUGGUAAAUCAAUUGCCGAACAAUUAUUAGAGAAUGGCGAAGAUGAAGAAGAUGAUAUUUCUAAUUGGGUUUCAAAAUCAAGAGAGAAAGAAAUGAAAAAAAAUGAAGAAAAAAAGAAAAAUUUUAGAUCAAGUUUAAAUAAAAAAAAAGAUGAUCAUUAUUCACAAAAAAAUUUAAAGGGUUUAAAGGUUGGCAACGAUUUAAAAAAUUUUGAAGAAGAUAGCGAAACAAUUUUAACUCUACAAGAUACCAAUGUAUUAGAUGAAGAUUCAGAAGAUGUUUUAGUUAAUAUAAAUAUUGCAGAAAGAGAAAGAAGAGAAAAGCAAAUCCAAGAUAGCAAGAAACAAUCAAAAUAUGAUAAAUUUGACGAGUAUGGAAAUAACAAAUACUCAUUGUUGAAUCAAGAUAAUGAAGAUGAUGAAAAAAAGAAAAGUGGUUUCUCUUUAGGUGAUAACGGUGUCAUUGAAUCAAAUGAAUCUUUAAGGGAUCAAGCCAAAAAGAACUUGGACUAUUUAGCAUCAUAUGAUAUGGAUUCAACAACCUCAUCAAGUAUAUUAUCAUCAUUUUAUACACAGGAAGAAAUGGAGCAAUUUAAAACUAGAGCCCAAAAUAAGAAAUCAUCCUCAUCGUCCGGAGUUGAGAAAAAGAAAAAGAGAAUUAGAAAAAAGAAUACAGCCGAUGAUAUAUUACAAAGUUUAGAUGCAACCACAUCAAGUGAUUUAGGUUCAAGAAAAACUAGAAUAACUGAAAAAGAAAGAAAAGAACAAGAAAAUAAUUUCAAAAGAGAAGAAAACUAUCAAAAGGCUUUGGAUAAAGCUUCAGAAAUUUCAAAAUUAACUUAUAGUGCUGAUAUCUUUGAAGAGGCCGAGGAUGAAGACUUUUACAAGACAUUAUCAACCUCUAAAAAAGCUCCAAUUUCAAAUAAAAAUAUUGUAGAUAUUGUAAAUAAAAAAAAACAACAACAACAACAACAACAGCAGCAAGAAGAAGAAGAUGGUACCAAUAAUUUAGAAGAAAUUACAAUUAACCCAACAACAGAAUUUGUUAGAUCAUUAAACCCUGAAGGUAUCAUUUCAAACUAUAAAUCAGAUAUUACAACUUCAAAAAUCGAUAUUGAUGAAGAAAUGGAAGAAACUGAAGAAAAUCAACAAAAUAAAAAGCAUGACAAUAAUGACGAUGAUAAUAGUGAUAGUGAUCAAGAUGAUGAAAGCAACAGCAAUGAAGAAAACAACGAUAAAUAUAAAACAAUUACAAGCAUUACAGAGGAACCAUUAGUAGCAUCCUCAAUGGCAGCAACAUUAAAAUUACUAGCACAGAAAGGUGAUUUACAACCACAACUACCAUCAGGCACCAAUACAAAGAAAAGAGGUAUCAACUAUGAUGACAUAGAAUCCACCAUUAUUGAACAUAAAGAUGAGUUUGGUAGAGUUUUAAGCCGUAAAGAAGCUUUCGUUAAAAUGUCACAAAUUUUCCAUGGUAAAAAAUCUGGUAAAAAUAAAUUAGAAAAGAGAAAGAAAGAAUAUGAAGAAGAAUUAAAGAGAAUGAAAAUGGACUCUUCGGAUACUCCAUUAGGCAUGGUUAAAUCUUUUCAAUCAUUCCAAGAAAAAACAAGCUCUCCUUAUUUGGUAUUAUCAAGUUCAAAUAAUAAUAAUAACGAAGCAAAUAUAAAUAAUAACUUAAUAUUUUUAAAUAAUUUAUACACAAAUAAUGCAAACUCUAAUAAUUCAAAAUCAAAUAAUAAUAAUAAUAAUAAUAACAAUAAUAAUAAUAAUAAGGGCAAAAAAAAAUAA